AAAAAGAGUUCAGUCUUUCUGUGUGUUGGAUCAAGUAACGUGACAGACAAAAAAAAAAAAUAAUAGAAAAAUAAAAAAAGUAAAACCUUGUCUGUUGUAUUAAAAAGUUACCCAGGAUUAUCAACCUCCAAGUUAUAUUAUAAAUAAAAAAAUAAUAUAAUUUAACAAUAAAUUGUACUAACAAAUUUAAUAUUACAAAAUAUACAUUUAAAAAUAUAAACAAACCAAUAAUAAAUAAUACAUUUAACGUCAAAUAAUUUGAGUUGUCAUCUAGACAGAACAACGCACACAAAUUGGGGAACAGCUGAUGCUCUCUCAUCAACCGGCGAAAUGUCAAAAUUAACGCAAAUUACCCUGAGAGUUCAAUCACCCGAUGGAACAAAGAGAAUUGACGUUGAUCCAAAUGAUACAACUUUUCAACUUUUUGAAAAGGUUUAUGAAACAUUUGAUUUGAGUAGUUUUGCAUUUUGUUUAUAUAAACAAAGAAAUCGUAAUGAUGAAAUUAUAUCAUCAAGAAGUAAAAGUGUAUCAGGAUGUGGUCUUGGACAUGGUGAUAUGGUGUAUUUAACACCAAUUGAUGGAUCAUUGUUAACAAGUAAUUCAUCAAGCAGUACAUCAUUGAGUUCAAUUGAAAAAAAAGAACCUUUAUCAACUGAAUCAACACCAGGUGUUAGUCGUCGUAAUACAUCAAUUGGUACAGCUAAAAUUGCAACAAAUAUUAUUGAAGAUGAAGUUGAUCAGUUAUUAUGGAAAAUGGAUGGUAAAAUUCAACGUAAACGUGAUGAAAAAUUAUGUAGACAUGGUGCAAAUGGUUGUUGUGUUCAUUGUUCACCAAUUGAACCAUUUGAUGAAGCAUAUUUAAAAGAACAAAAUGUUAAACAUUUGUCAUUUCAUUCAUAUUUAAGAAAACUAACUGCUGGUGUUGAUAAAGGUAAAUUUUUACAACUAGAAGAUAUAAGCUGUCGUAUUAAACGUGGAUGUAAAGAUCAUCCACCUUGGCCACGUGGUAUUUGUAGUAAAUGUCAACCAAAUGCAAUAACAUUAAAUCAACAAACAUAUCGUCAUGUUGAUAAUGUUGUAUUUGAAAAUGCAAAUUUAGUUGAACGUUUUUUAAAUUAUUGGCGUAGUACUGGUCAUCAACGUUUGGGAUAUUUACUUGGUAGAUAUGAAAUACAUUCAGAUGUACCAUUGGGAAUAAGAGCUGUUGUAACAGCAAUAUAUGAACCACCACAGGAAAGCACAAAAGAUGGAAUUGUAUUAUUACCUGAUGAAAGAGAAAAAAUUGUUGAUGAUUUAGCAUUAAAAUUAAAUAUUAAAAGAGUUGGAUGGAUAUUUACUGAUUUAAUUGCUGAUGAUAUACAAAAAGGAACAGUUAAACAUGUCAGAAAUAUUGAGAGUCAUUUUUUAUCUGCUCAAGAAUGUAUUAUGGCUGGACAUAAUCAAAAUAAAUAUCCAAACUCAUGUCGUUUUUCAAAAAGUGGAUCAUUUGGAUCAAAAUUUGUAACAGUUUGUGUUACAGGUGAUGAUAAAAAUCAAGUACACAUGGAAGGUUAUCAAGUAUCAAAUCAAUGCAUGGCACUUGUACGUGAUGGCUGUUUGGUACCAACAAAAGAUGCACCAGAACUUGGAUACGUCAUUGAGUCAACAGACAAACAAUAUGUUCCAGAUGUCUACUACAAGGAAAAAGAUUCUUAUGGCAAUGAAGUAUCAAGAAUUGCUAGACCAUUACCAGUUGAAUAUCUGUUGGUUGAUGUACCAGCAUCAACACCAUUGACACCACAAUAUACAUUUUAUUCAAAUGACAAUAUAAAACCUUUUCCAGUUGAAAAUAGAUUAAUUGAUGGACAAAUUCAAGAAUUCAAUGCAUUUUCAAAUUACAUGCAACAAUUCACACCAGAUGAAUUUUUAAAUGCUGUUUCGGAUUUUCAUUUAUUAUUGUAUAUUAGUACAAUGGAUAUGUUACCAAUGAUGGAACACAUGGAUACAUUAUUAGAUGCAAUUAUUAAUAAUGACAAUGAUAAAGCUAAAGAAUGGUCAAAAAGUGAACACUGGGCAACUGUUGAACAAUUAAUAACUGCAACAUCUUCUUCCACAUCGACAAAUCACACUGGUUCAUUUGGACAUAAUAGAUCAAAUUCAUCAUCUGGUAUUGAUGUUGGACCAACAAAUGGUAAUGGUUCAUCAAAUCAACCACUAUGGACAUGUCCACAUUGUACAUUUUUAAAUCCAGCUGAACUUGCAACAUGUGAAAUGUGUAGUUUACCAAGGAUGUAAUAAAGCUGUGCACACUGGAACCAUAGAUUUCUACUCACAUUAUUUAUAUUAAAAAGAAAAAAAAAAAAUUAAUAAAUAUAUUUAAGUUUUUGUGUUUAAUUAAGCAUGUUUUUUUUUUUUUUUUAUUUUAUGUUUUUUGGCAAUAUCUUUGAAGAAAGAUAAUAAUUAUUAUUAAUAAAAUUAAAAAAUAAAUAUUGUCUUUUAGGAUGCUACAUUGAGACGACUCUUCUAAACAGUCAAAUUAAUUUAAUUAAAAUUAAAACUUGUGCACACCGUGCGACGACUGAUUACAACAAUUGAAUUAAAAAAAAAAAAAACAAUUAUAAUUAAAUAAUU